GUGUGUGUGUGUGUGUGUGUGUGUGUGUGUGUGUGUGUGUGUGUUCUAUUUCCGCGUUCACUGGAGGCGCUCCACAAAUGACUCUCCGCCGCCGCCUUUGCUGUGCGUCAGCGGCGAAAGCGCGUCUCUGUGUGCGGGGAUCUGUCUGCAGGGACACGGGGAGGAGGACCCCCGGUGCCGCAGCAGCAGCAUGCUGACGCGGGUAAGGUCGGCGGUGGCCAGCCUCAUGGGAGGUAUGAUGGCCGGAGGCUCCAACGGAGAUCACCCCGACGGCCCGGACCUGCCGCUGAAAUUCCCCUACAGCAGACCGGACUUCCUGGGACUGUCGCCGGAUGAGGUCGAGUGCUCGGCGGAUCACAUCGCGCGACCGAUCCUGAUCCUGAAGGAGAGCCGGCGGCUGCCGUGGUCCACCGGCUACGCAGAGGUGAUCAAUGCGGGAAAGAGCACUUUGAAUGAGGACCAAGCCCGCUGUGAGGUGCUGGUGGUCAAAAGGAGACCUUCAGGAAGCCCCAUGUCCAACCGAAUUCCUACAGCCCGCAGGAGGUCUUCUUUGCCUAACGGAGAGGGACUGAACCUCCAGGACAAUCCAGACAGCUCUGAAGAGCUCACCUUUCAUUACUGGGCAUUGUUUGAUGGUCACGCUGGCUCGGGGGCAGCUGUGGUGGCGUCUCGUCUCCUCCAUCACCACAUCGCCCUGCACCUUCAGGAGGUCUUGGAGAUUCUCUGUACACCCAAUCUGGUGCCCCCCACCUGUCUGGAUGAGGAACCUAUCAAUCACCUCCUCACUGUGACAUCUCAUCGUGGCCUGACCAGGGCUGCUUCACUUAGGGGGGCUGCAGGGGCCCCUGGCUCCCCUAAUACGGCAACCCCACGCUUUUUCACUGAGAAGAAAGUUUCACACGAGAGUCUGGUUAUUGGAGCCAUAGAGAAUGCCUUCAAAGAUAUGGAUGUGCAGAUCGAACGGGAGAAGGCGUCCUACAACGUCUCCGGCGGCUGCACUGCUCUUGCAGUCGUCUUCCUAAAGGGGAAGCUGUACGUGGGGAACGCAGGGGACAGCAGAGCUAUCAUUAUCCGGGCCGGGGAAAUCAUUCCCAUGUCAGCAGAGUUCACCCCGGAGUCAGAGAGGCAGCGCCUGCAGUUCCUGGCAUACAUGCAGCCACAGUUAUUAGGAAACGAAUUUACUCAUUUGGAGUUCCCGAGGAGAGUGCAGAGGAAGGAGGUGGGGAAGAGGAUGUUGUAUCGAGACUUCACCAUGUCAGGAUG